CUAGAUAAUGGAGUUAAAGUUGCAUCAGUUGAAACCUAUUCACCGGUAUCAAGAGUAGGUGUAUUCCUGGAUGCAGGAAGCCGAUAUGAAACUCAAGAUAAUCUUGGAGUGACCCACUUUUUAAGAAGUGCUGCAUUUACUAGUACAAAAGAAUCUACAGCUUUUAAAAUUGCCAGAGAAUUGGAGCAAUGUGGAGCAACUGUAGAAGCUACCAGCACUAGAGAUCACCUCAUUUUUUCUGCUGACUGUAAAAGAGAUUCUGUUGAACAAGUUGUUGAGAGUCUUGGUAAUGUUAUAACCAGCCCACUGUAUAAUCCAUGGGAGAUGGAAGAAGUUGCUGACAGAGUGAAAUUAGAUCUUGCUGUAGCAGCUACUCAGCCACAAGUUGCUGUACUUGAAGAUCUCCAUCGUGCAGCCUACAGGAGGAACCUUGGAAACUCAAUCUACUGUCUUCCACAUAGAGUAGGAGGCAUCACUACUAACCAUCUUCUUGAYUUUACCCAGAAGCAUUUUGUWAGCAGUGGUGUUGCUCUGGUUGGUGUAGGWGUUGACCAUCAAGAGUUUGUUGAACAAGCCAAGAGUUCCUUUGCUUCACUGGCAAGAGCUGGUGCWCCAGCMAAAGAGGCAGCUAGAUACUUUGGAGGUGAGGCUGUCACUCACAAGCCAUACCCUAUAGUCCAUGCYGCUGUUGUUACUGAGGGAGCAAGCCUUAAUGGUAAAGACAUGCUAGCAUAUGGAAUCCUACAGCGUGUAUUAGGAACCACGCCGUUUAUCAAGUGGGGCAGCAACACUUCAUCAUCAAGAGUUAACAAAGCUGCCAGUGAAGUUGCGGAAGGACCAUUCUUUGCUUCUUCCCUUAAUAUGAAUUACGUGGACAGUGGACUAUUUGGUCUUUAUGUYAUAGCAACUCCAACAGAUAUUGGCAAGGUCAUGAAAGCCACCCUAGGUCAGUGUGUUAACGUAUCAAAGGGAGAAAUAUCAGAUGCUGAAAUAACAAGAGCAAAUAAACCAGUAACUAUUCAAUGUGUUAAUUCUUGUGCAUUUCGCCCACGAUGGAUUAUUCUCUGAAGAUUAAUUUUAAUCCAGGAACCGAGGUUUUCGCGUUUUAAUUGGAUAUGAGAGAUUAAAAGUUCGUUACUUUGA